AUGGAGGGCGUCAAGGCUGAGCCGCCGAAUGCCAACUUGCACGAACUGCCCAGAGUUCCCGAUACGGUCCUGCAGCAGUCGGCAGGAAGUUCAAACCCUUCAGCAUCUACCACUGUCCCAUCUUUGGCAACUGCCCAACCCAAUGCUUCUCUUCCUCAUAUCAAGCCUGAACCGGGCUCUGCGGCAUUCGUCAAGGAAGAGCAAGCCGACCCCAUUCUCAACCCCGCCAACCCACACAACGAAAGUCUAGCUUCUGUCGAAGAACCUGGGUCACCUACCGUUCAAGAUGAAGUCCCCGGUUUCCUAGAGCAAUGGACAACAGAAACCUCCCCUGAGAUCCUUGAACGAGGCGUAAAGAUCGGCUUAGAGGUCCUCGAAAGCCUCAAGGUUCCCCUCAGCCUCACCGCUUCCCUCCCAGGCACGCAGGCUAUGACAUGGGUCAGGGCAAUCGAGGACCUCAAGGCCCGCUCUCGGCCGUCCAAAACCAUUGUUGGUGUCGUGGGCAACACAGGUGCCGGCAAGAGCUCUGUCAUCAACGCCCUGCUCGACGAGGAGCGACUUUUACCGACCAAUUGCUUGCGCGCCUGUACCGCUUCGCCUACUGAGAUCUCCUAUAACGACUCCGAAAACCCCGAGGAGCUCUAUCUCUCAGAAAUAGAGUUUAUUUCCGUCGAGGACUGGAAGAAGGAGCUCAAGACUCUAUUUACUGAUCUUCUCGACGAUAGCGGGAACAUUUCACGCGAAUGCGCGAACGAAGAUAGCGAGGCAGGCAUCGCCUACGCCAAGAUAAAGUCUGUCUACCCUAACAAAACAAAAGAGAUGAUUGCUCAGAGCGACCCUGAUCGUUUGGUCAAUGAGCCUGCUGUCGCCCGUGUUCUUGGCAGCGUCAAAAAGCUGCGAGCAACCACCGCGAAGGACUUGUACGCAAGCAUGCAGCGUUAUGUGGAUAGCAAGGAGAAGAAUCCGCACAAGAAGGACGUUCCCAUGGAGUUUUGGCCCCUGAUCAAAGUUGUCCGGAUAUUCACAAAGGCAAACGCCCUGUCUACUGGUGCCGUCAUUGUCGAUCUUCCUGGUGUCCAGGACUCCAACGCAGCUCGUGCUGCUGUCGCACAGAACUACAUGAAGGCAUGCACCGGUCUUUGGAUUGUUGCUCCUAUCAACAGAGCCGUCGACGACAAGACAGCCAAAUCACUACUGGGUGAUUCGUUCAAGCGCCAACUCAAGUACGAUGGUAUCUACUCGGCUGUCACGUUCAUCUGCUCGAAGACAGAUGAUAUCUCAGUGACUGAGGCUGCUGAAAGUCUUGAUAUUGAAUCUGAUAUCUCUGCUUCUUGGUCCAAAAUCGAGAAGCUACGUGGCGAACUUCGAGGGCUCAAGCGAAAGCUCAAUGACGCCAGGGAAGAGAAGUCGGACCUCGUCGACAGCCUGGAGCAAAUUGACACGCUUUGGGAUAAGUGGGACGACCUCGCCAGUAAACAUGCGGAUGGGAAGACUGUCUUCGCCCCCUCAGAGAGCAAGAAACGCAAACGUGGAGCUACCACAUCCAAGAGUCGGAAACGCAAGUCAUCUUACUCCAGUAGCAGUGAGUCAGAUGAUUCGGAUUGCAACUCGGAUAGUGAUAAGGAAAACAAUCCCGACGGCCAGAACCGGCAGCCUUUGACAGAGGAUAAGAUCCAUGAGAAGCUGGCGGAUCUGAAGAACCAGAAGAAGGAAAUCCGUCAACGGCGCAAGGAGGUCGAUGCCCUGCUCUCCAACAUGCGGCAGGAAAUCAAGAGCAGUCAGGCAGAGGAAGAGCGGCUGCUUGGGGCAGCCAAGGCGGUGUGUAUCCAGGGCAGAAACAUUUACUCCAAGGGCGCUAUUCAGCGUGACUUUGCCAUGGGUAUCAAGGAGCUGGACCAAGAGGCUGCAAUCGAGGAAGACGAAGAGACAUUCAAUCCUGACGAGGAUAUCCGUGAUUAUGACGAGGUCGCCCGCAACCUGCCCGUCUUCUGUGUGAGCAGCCGCGCUUACCAGAAGAUGCGGGGGCGUUUGCAGAAGGAUGAUUUCAACAAUGAUGGCUUCCGGGAUGUCAACGAAACAGAGGUUCCUCAACUUCAGCAGCACGCUAAGAAGCUCACCGAAGGCGGCCGCGCUGCUGGUGGCCGUCGCUUCCUCACCGAACUCAGCCAACUCCUCAACUCAAUGAAGAUGUGGGCUGCCAACGAUGGAUCGCGGUCUCACUUGAGCCAACGAGAGUUGCAGAGUGAGGGGAUCCGUGUGCGAAUGCAGCUUACUACACUGGACAAUGACUUCGCCAAAGCAGUUGAUGACUGCAUCGUUUCCGUGAAAGACGCCCUGUCGGAGAGCAUCUACGACUACUUUGACCUAUCGAUUCCUAUGGCAGCCAGCGCGGCUGGCCCUACGGCAUCCGGCUGGGGUGCCCAUCGCAGCGAAGGUGGAAUGUUUUGGGCCACAUACAAGGCAACAUGCCGCCGGUCGGGAGUCUAUUCAGGCGCAUCUGGUCCUCGCGACUUCAACGCAGAGCUGCUCGAGCCGAUCUCUCGACAGCUAGCGAGUGGUUGGGAACGGACUUUCCAACGUCGACUGCCAUCGGCCUUUGAGGGCUUCGCUAUGAGCGCCCGUCUUCUACUUGAGGACUUCCAUGGCAGCGUCAUUUCACGAUCCCAAGAACUGGGUGCCGAUUACAACGGCAUCAAUAUGCUGAGUACGCAGCUGCGAGCUCACACCGCCCGUCUCAGAGAGAUCCCUGGGACACUUCGCACAGUCGUCCAAGAGUUGCAGCGUGAGGCCAGCCGCGGCUUCCAUCCUGUUGUCCAGCGGGAGAUGCAGCCGGCUUACGACGUUUGUGUCGCCGAGUCAGGCCCUGGUUCUUACGCUCGCAUGAAGAAUCAUAUGGUCAGCCACGUCGAGACCUCCAGCGCUACCAUGUUCCGCUACUCCACUGAUAGCGUCAAGGAGCAGCUUGAGGCAUUAUGCCGACGACUUCAGGACGAAUUGACUACGCAAGUUCAAGACAUCUAUAGCCUGCUCGCCCGCGACUAUCUGCAUGUCCUCAUUGGUGUCGACAAGGAUCCCAAGCCUACCGGCCUCUCCCGUGCUGAGCGAUUGCUUCGCGCAGAGAUGUACCGUAAGCUGGAGCAGACAGCCAAACGCUUCGCCAGACCUAGCCAGGACGCAGGCGCAGAUUCCGCGAAUACUCUCGGCGUGGGCGAAAGUGACGACCCGUUUGCAGACUCGGCUAUAGCUGAUAUGGACGAUCUUUUGUUAGCCCAGCUUUGCGAUGGUACCGUUGAGGGUGUUGGUGCCCAAGAAGCAAUCAAGAGCGAGCCUUCUGUAUGA